AUGUACAGGCUAUGGUGGGAGUUAGGCUCGCAGCACGAUGGUCACCACCAGUCAGGUGACUCUAUCUGGCAGCAGGCAGAUGUAUUGAAUGAGAUGGAGCGUUUCCGACUCAUUCUACAAUGCCUUACCAUUACCAUCCUUCCGUCGAAAGAUUAUCCUAGCCUCCAACGCUUGACGCAUCUCAACGAUAAGCUUGCGGUCUGCCUCCGGUGUGCCUCUGCGGGUGAUCUCGCCACUGCUUCUUUUGGAUUCACUGCAACAAAGAGACCCUCCAAGUUCGUGGCCUUGCAGAAUGACGUCUCCAACUUCCCAGGAGGUGCUGAAAUCGUCCCAGCUAUUUUACAGCGAUGUGCCAUAGGGUGUAUACACUUGGACGUGGCCAUGAAGCCGAAGCACGCAGGUUCUCUUCGUUACUUCUCCUUCCGCAGUGAAGAUUUGUGGAACGGUUCGGCCUGGAGACGUAGAUCAUCAAUCUGCCAGCCCUCCGCCCAUCAAUAUCUGCUUGUGUGGAGGAAGUCUCUACCCAUACGAGUAUCCCGUAGCACAGCUAUCUGUUCUUCUAUUGAGAUCCAUUUCCUCUACUCCAUUUUCUCCAAUCCUUCAAAGAAACCCGAGCACCGUCCCACAAUCCAAACCACAACAACCCAACACCGUCAACCCCAAGCCCUAACUCAAACACCUCAGAACGAGAUCCCACCUGAAGAACAACUUAUAUUAUACAUCCUCCAAGCGUACCAUCUAAAGGCCUAUUCCCUUACCAAUACCUAAAUCAAG